GUUUGCCCCCCACUCGUCACAAACAAACGCUUCUCUGCACAUCGUGACUGCUCUGUGCGCUUAUAGUAGGCUCGCACCUUGUAUUCUUUCGCAAUCAUUUGUAUGUGACAGUGAUUUCAUUUACUUGGUAAAUAUUUUCGACUAGUUUACAGUUUUAUCGCGAUCGUGACUUACAAUAUAAUUCAAUUCAUGUGCACAACCUCGUACAGUGGUGGAGCAAACUGAAAGAGUUUGACCAGUCGUAAAUACCUGAAAGGACCACCAAGAUAAGAACCACUGAGCUGGCAGUUUAUCAGCCAAAAUGAAGACCAUCUAUAUCAUCUGUCUUUUUUGCUCAGCUACGUUGGCAGAUGGAAACAAGUUGAUGAAGAUAGAAGGAUUUCAGGGCAGAAAUGUCUCCUUCCAGUGCUCACACAGACUUGCAUGGGCGUAUGAUAAAUACUUUUGCAAAGAUCCAUGUGGGAGCGAGAAAGACAGGCUGGCUACUGUAAAAUCUGGUGGAAGAGCAGAGUCCGGGAGGGUAACUCUGGUGGAUUCUGGAGAUGGAUCCUUCACUGUGACCUUGAGUCAUCUCCAGCUGUCAGACUCACAUCAGAAAUAUUGGUGUGGAGUGGACAGGCCUGGUUUGGACACAUACACUCAGAUACAGCUCACAGUAAAGAAAGCUGUUGAAACUGAGACACCUGAUGUUCCUACCACAUGGACAUAUCAGAAUACCAACACAACACAGUUAACAACUGGAACAGACACCAUUAAGCCUACAAAACCUUCAAUGGAAUCAUUCUCCACUAAAGAACAACCUAAAAUCAGCACAGGCACCAUUGUGUAUGCUGCAGUCGGGGGCAUUGCUAUGGCAUGUCUCCUGAUGCUGACAGUAUGCUUCAGGAAGUACAGAAAAACCUCAAAACCUCAACUACAAGUUUGCUUCAACAACACAGAUGUCAGCAGUGUGCAUCAACAAGAGGGAGCAGAGCAUCUUCAGAAGUUACCUGGGCGUUCCUCUAUUCAUACACACCAUCAAAGACUGGACCCACCAGCAACUGAACCAACAGAAACGACAUCUAGCCUGCACCUUCAUAUCUAUGAGAACAUAUCUGUGUCCAAACUUGCUGCAGCUUCAGAACAUCCACCCACAGAGCAUCAAAAUGACCACGAUAAUAACUCUGGGAUCUACAUAAAUCCUUUGCCAGAUGUAAUAUCUGAAAGAACAGGUGUUAGCAAGUGUAGGAAACACAGAGAUAAACCUUUGACAUCCAAAAAUACAACGAGCGGUACUAAUAGUGCAUCUCCUUGUGUCUCCAGAGCCCCCUGUGAAUCCACCGAAGAGAAGCCCAGAACACUUUGGUUUGGUUUAGAUUUAUCAGGAGUAAAUCAGAGUUGAUCUCAAAGAUAGAAUGUUUUUCUGACAGUUAUAGGCAAAACCUAUUUCCAUCAUUAUAAGCUUUUACACUAAAUGGUGCUGUUAAGUGUUUUGAUUACACAUGUGGUUUAAUAUGUGUCUUAAUCAAAUUUACCUUACACUGGAGAAAAAAAAUGUGUGUGAACUACCAUUUGACACUGUUAAUAUUUCUAAGUAAGUUCAGGGGAAGUGCUGGACUACAUCCCUAGUGAAUGAAUACAUUUAGCAGCUAGACUGCAUAUUUGCCUUUGGUGUGAGUUUGUAGUAAAAGUGAUUUGUACUUUUUCACUUAGUUAGUUGUAGUAAUGAUGUAGUUCUGCAUUUGUGAUACAUGUAGUGUAUUUUGAGGUUGAUGCUUAUCUGGAAGCAUUUUGUGGGAGGGUAGUUUCAGUAGCUCCCUUUAAAAAAAAUAAAAAUAGAGGUCACCACAGGAAACGCAUGUAUUCCGAUGACUCCUAGUGGUCAUGUGAAUAAAGACACGUUGGCAGUGAGGGCUGAUAUAAAUAACCAAAUAUGAACUUCCUGUACCUUACUACAAAAAAAAUCAUAUUUUUGUAAUAUAAUGUCACACUGAUGCCUAGCUUUCAAUGCAGCAAAAAAAAAAAAAGCUGUUUCAAGAUGCCGUAAUUUAUUUGUCAAAAAGACAGUGACUUGUUGACAGUACAUCUAACAUAAAAACAAAGACAAAAUUAAUAAUUUCCAACUGGAAAUAAGCCAUGAAACAGUUUCAAAAAGAUGCAGCAGAGAGAAACAAACAAAAAUGUUGAACCCUCUAAGCUUUUUGUUUAAUGCUUUCUAUAAAUAAUAGUUUCAUGUACUUUGUCUAAAAAACUAAAUCUUCUACUUAAAUGUCUGCUUGGCAAACCUAUUUGGCCAACCAAGUCUUGUUAAUCAUGCCUGUUAACAUGCAAAUACCCCUAAUUAAUACGAAUACUUAAUAAAUGCUAUA